CUGGCAGCGUGGAGCGUGAUGGGGCGCUCGGUGGUCAGACAUUCCUCCAGGAAAGUCCCGAAGAGAGAACAGAAGCCUUCAACCAACAAAUCAGUUUCCCCGGACACAAUCUCUCCGUAUCACUCCUUCACCCCACUGGAGGCGGAGUCACUCCGGAAGGACCUCCUGUCCUGGUACGAGCGCCAUAAGAGAGACCUGCCGUGGCGGAGGCUGGCUGUUGCAGAAAGUGAUCCGGAUCGCAGAUCAUAUGCAGUGUGGGUGUCGGAGGUGAUGCUGCAGCAGACUCAGGUGUCCACCGUCAUCGACUAUUACAACAAAUGGAUGAAGACCUGGCCGACCAUACAAGACCUGGCCCAGGCCUCGCUGGAGGUAAGGCUUCCGAUGCUUCGUUACCAUGAAAUGUUCUCUUUGGUCUCUCCUGAUAUGCUGGAGAGACCAAAUUGUGUGCUGGG